AUGGCUAUCCCUCCAGUACUGCUACUAUUCCUCGUCUUCGAUCCCGUCACAACCCACGGGUUUAGACAUUGCGGCAGUUCCCUCAAUUAUAACAACCCCGGCCGUGCCGCGGCAGUUCCCUUAAUAACAACGCCCUGGCGCCACCACGUGUUCCUCAACUUCCGGGGGCCCGACGUCCGCCACACCUUCGCCGACCACCUCUACUACGCCCUCGUCCGCAAAGGCAUCAAAGCAUUCCGCGACGACAGUGACCUCCCUCGCGGCCAGAGCGUCGCCGAGGCCAUCCCGCGCGCCAUCGAGGAGUCCAAGCUCUCCGUCGUCGUGCUGUCCAGAGGCUACGCCUCGUCGGAGUACUGCUUGGACGAGCUGGUCAAGAUCAUGCAGACCGUCAAGGAGAAGGGGCACCAGGCUUUCCCGGUGUUCUACAGAUUGACACCCGACGACGUCGUCGAUCAUAUGUGGUCGGGGUGUUACAAGGACGACUUUGACCGUCACAAAAGGGUAUAUAGCUACGAGAGGGUGGACAGCUGGAGCCACGCGCUCACAGACAUUGCCGAUAUUGCCGGAUGGGUUCUCCCCAGUGACCGAUCGGAAGCAGUAAUGGUGGAGAGAAUCGCGGAGAACAUGGCGUCGAAGGUGCACGAGCUGGGCCCGGCGUCCUCGUCCGUCACGAGCGAUGCUACUGUUGGGUUUUGUGGGACCGAUAAUGUUGGAGGGAAAUUAUUACAGCAUGACGAUACGACUGGACAACCUACGCGCCCGCCGCCGCCGGCCAGUGAGAAUAUUGAUCGUGGCCACUUCGUCCCGCCAUUUCGGCCGGAACAGUUUGCAGGCGACGAUACUACUACUUCUCCUCUGUCUUCUAAAACCUGCCGCGCUAGCAACGAAAGCGACCAUACUGAGCCGCGCUCGUCGACGAUUCCGGCCGUGCGGGUGAGGCUGGUCGGGGUGCCCGUCGAGUACAUGAACGCUCAAGGCCUGAGCUACAUCGCCAGCGUGAUUGGGAAGCCGAUGUACAUGACGACGAGGCUGAGUGAAGAAGGUAUCACGAACAUUGUUGUUGCACUUGGGGAUGAUCAGGAUGAGAAAGAUGGCGGUGGAGUGGCGGCGGCGGCGGUGGUCGUUAAAGUUUUUUUUUAUCAAUGGAGGCCUUGCAGGGGAUUUGAUUGA